AAAAACACCUUGUGUAAUGAAAGCCCAGGAUAUAUAAUCUCUCCCUAUAUAUUCUGCAGGCAUUGAGCACCCUCAAUCGCCCCAGGGACCUGGUACAGACGUGGAAGCUGUUUCACACGACAACUGCUACUUGAAGGGCGGACUGAGCGAGGCAGGGUAAACCAUGAAGAUAAACGUGAUUCCCCUGGUGGCAGAAUGUGGAAUGAGAAGAGGGUGUCACUAUGCUUCGGGGCACUCCCACAUUUACAGGAAAAAAAGAAGCAAAUGAUACCAAGACCAGCUCAUAAUAGAGAUCUAAUCAUCAGAUGUGUACGGAUGAAAAUACAGUUUUAGAGGAUAUCGAAACAUCUGGAAAGCCUGGAGAAGAUUAUAUUCUAUAGCUUCAAAUUCAGUGAGAUGAGUCAGAAAACGAGUAAGGAGGGCCCCAGACUCUCCAAGAACCAGAGGUUUUCCGAGCACUUCAGCAUACAUUGCUGUCCGCCAUUCACCUUCCUCAAUUCCAAACGCGAGAUUGUGGACCGGAAAUACAGCAUCUGUAAGAGUGGCUGCUUCUACCAGAAGAAGGAAGAGGACUGGAUCUGUUGCGCCUGCCAGAAGACCAGACCCAGCCGCCGUGCAACGUCCCCUCAGAGGCCCAAGCACCAGCCAGCUGCACCCCCCGCGGUGGUCAGAGCACCAGCCAAGCCACGGUCCCCUCCGAGGAGGUCUGAGCCACGGUCCCCUCCCAGGAGGUCUGAGCCACGGUCUCCUCCGAGGUCUGAGCGUCAGCCACGCCCCCGCCCUGAGGUCCGACCACCACCAGCCAAGCAGCGCCCCCCUCAGAAGUCCAAGCCGCCGGCGCCGCAGCGCAGCAGCCCCCAAAGAGGGCCAGGCACCAGCCGUGGGGGGUCCCCCAUCAAAGCUUCUAGGUUCUGGUAACACCAUCUCUUCCCUUUUGUUCCCCCAGCUCUAAGAUUGAAAAGGAGGAGCAAGCCGACCCCAAGAAAGAAGUGACCAAAGAGGACUUUCAAGUGAAUGGAUGGCCUCAGCUCAUGGACUCACUGCUUCCUGACCCUCCUGCCCAUGCUCAAGCCGGGCAGCCUGCCUGGAGCAUUUUGAAGAUAUCAUCUUAUUUUCUUCUGACCUCUAUAAUUGCCAUUGGGAAAUCUGCUGUCAUUCUACUUGUCCCUCCAUUGAUUCAAGUUUCGUCAAUAUGAAGAUAUAUAUCUUACUUCAGGGGUGUGCAAAAAAAAAUAUUGCAUAACUAUUACAAUGGUCAAAAGCUAAAAAUUAUCAAGUGUUGGCCAAGGAUGUGGGGAAAAUUCUCAUACACUCCUGAUGAAAUGUAUAAAUUACUAUAAUACCUUUGGGGUGAAAUCUGGGGAUACUAGCAAAGCAGGAUGCUGUAUAACCUAUGACCAAGCAAUUAUGACUUUAGGCACCCAUAUUAGAGAAAAAUUGCAUUCAUAGAAAAAUGAAAUACAUAUAAAUCUAUUCAGUGAAGCAUGGUUUGCUAUUGGAAAAAAGAAGAGAAAGCCAUAGAAAGAAAUUAAUAAAAAUGUCUACCAAUAAGAGAAUUAAUGAAUCAAUAAUGGUACAUUCAUAAAUAAAAUCUUAAACAGCAGUAAAAAACAAGUGAAUCAGAUAUACCUACAUGAGGAAGGUAAAUUUGGAAAAACAAAAUGAGGAAUAUGAAAAGCAAAUAGUAGAUGUUAAAUGCAAUAUGAUGCUCUAUGCAUAAAUUUGAACAACCCACAAUACUAUAAUUGCCAAAUAAGCAGAAACCAUAAGAUUUCACACUUUCUGUAUAAUGCAAUGGUAUAAAAAAAUGACAACAAAAUAAAAGACUAUCCAAGAAACAUCUAGCCACUUGGAAAUCAAAAAGAAGAUUAGAAAUAAUUCCUGGUUUGAAGAAAUAACAGAAAUUAAAAGCUAUAUAGAAAUGGUCAACAAAAUUAGGCAGGCACACAUGUUUUUGGAGAGAUAAGUGAGAGACUAGUGAUAAGCGUGGGGUCUUUCCAAGGUUACAAGUCUUAGAAAACAAAAACACUUGUUCUGAGUCCAUUUUGGAUCUGGAUUGUACUGUGGCUCCUGCAGGUUUCUGACAUAGAGGAAAAAGGGAAGACUUCAAAUACCCUCUCCCUCCCAACCUUCCUUUAGUAACAGGUAGGAAAACACAGCAGAAGAUCAUAGAAUGUUGCAGAAUGUAGAGGGAUGUAAAAUGGGCAGAAUUAGGUGGAGGAAAACUCAGAGUAAAAGAGACAGAGGGCAUCGGGAGCAGUCUUGGGCUGGCAGCCAGGGUGGCCAAGCACAGGCAGAUGCCUGCAUCUCCCAACAAGGCAUGGCUGUGUCCUUGAGUGAACACAGCCAGUCCCAGCCAAGUUUAAGGGGCAAAUACAAAUAUGGAGGCAAUGCCAGAGAGCAGGGAGGAAGAGUGGUAGACUUAGAUGAGCUAUAGCUCAGAAUAUCAACCCCCUGGAAAGAGGACUCAGGACAAGGACUGUCCCAAGGCAGCUGGAGGGCGAGGCCUGAGUGUCCUGGCUGCCUCACUUGGGAAGGCCAUCACUCUCUGGUGAAGUGGCAAUAAAAAGGCAGGAGCAUUCGACUACACAGAGCCUUCAGGUAGAAAUGUUUCUCCUGCCUAAAUUCAGGUGCUAAGUGAACAAGAUAAGAACCUCUACUAUAAACAGUUUCCAACGUUGAGUUUUCUGAGGCCAUUACGUUCCUGGGAAUAACACCAGAGGUACCAUGACAGACUACUAGAAAGAACAAAUGAGAGGGCCAGCCCCACUAGACCCAGUAAGGAAACUUAAUAUUUCUUCUGUGCAUUUCAGAUUUGGGCAAAGCCAGACCACAUACUCAGAGCUUACUAGACUCUAUCCUCCUUGUUAUCCAGAAGACACACAGUUACUAUAGAGUGCAAAAUUGGGGAAAAGAGAGCACAGUGUGUAUUAAUGCAUGUAAAACAUCGGAUGUUAGCACAGAAAUGUUAAUAACUAGAAAUUACUGAAUUCUCUAUGUUUGCCUGUUGUGGGAAUAAAACCCUCUGGAGAUGGAUCAAAAAUAUCUGGAAAUUACUUGAAACUGGUGGAUAACUGAAUGUAAUGUGCCUUGGAUAUUAUAACUAUACUCUACCAUAAUCUAAUUGCACUUUUUGUUGGUUCUGGGGACCAUUACACAGUGAAUAUUGCAGAAAUUAUAUAAAGCUCCAAAAGCUAUUCGAUAUAAACUUCUUGAGUGGGAAUUCUCAACCAUAAUGUUUAGCCUAUUACUCUGAUAAUUCUGGAUGCUAUUUGAUUUUAUGUUCUGAAAUUUUGACUGGUUUUGGGAAAACUGUAAAUGCUUAACAACCGGUUCUCUGGGUGAAAAGUUCUGAUUUAUGGUGUUCGCCAAUUUCCAUAGUGUAAAUACUUCCAAUAUGGCCAACUGCAAGCUACGAAAGUAAUGUCACUGAAUGCGGAAUUAGGAAGCAAUAUGCACAGUUCACCCUUGAGUUGGUACCGACCACCAUCUGUACCCCAUAGGCCUCUGUGAAACUACAGAUUUUUACUAAAAAUUCUGUUCCAUAAGUAUACAAAGGCACCAGGAAAGAAAAAAUACGAAGGGAAAAUAAAAUAAAUUCAAAUCGGGGAGCGCAAAUGGAGCUCAGAUUUUUUUUGAGACUUUCAGAAGUGGUAUUUGUCUAUAAUCUACAUUUUCUUAUUUUCUGUUAUUAAGCAAACAAGCUGUCUAUCACACUGAGCGCUUUGAACUCUUAAUUUCCUUGGUGUUUCACUAGAAGGAGACGAGGGUUUCUUUCCUUUCAGAUAUUGGUGCUAAGGAGAUGCUGACCACAAAACUCAGCAGGACUUGCACUGUAAGCCAGUUUCAGAAUGGCUGAACUGAGGGUCAAGAAAGAAGACAAGAUAUGGAGCCUGCUGAAUUUGGGGGAGGCAACCCUGAAAUUUAGAGCUGUGGUUUGGUAUGAUGAUAUAUAUAUAUCAUUUAAAAAUUAACAUUAAUGAAAACAAGAAAAAUAAAUUAUUCAAAAACU